GCCCCUCAGCUCCACCCCCUGCCUCCCCCUCCCGCCCGCUCGCGCCUCCUGAAAAGCCAGCCCGCCUGGGGCGGCGGCGCAGAGCCGGCCCGGCGCACGAGGCAGGCAGCGCGGCCAUGACGGCGGAGAAGGCGCUGCCUCUGGGUAACGGCAAGGCUGCCGAGGAGGCGCGAGAGUCUGAAGCGCCGGGUGGCGGCGGGGGCGCGGCGUCUGCGCGCGACCCGCGCGACAAGCGGGACAAGGCGGUCCACGAGCGCGGCCACUGGAACAACAAGGUGGAGUUCGUGCUGAGCGUGGCCGGGGAGAUUAUCGGGCUUGGUAACGUGUGGCGCUUCCCUUACCUGUGCUACAAGAACGGUGGAGGGGCAUUCCUGAUUCCAUAUGUGGUGUUUUUUAUUUGCUGUGGAAUUCCUGUUUUUUUCCUGGAAACAGCUCUGGGACAAUUCACGAGUGAAGGUGGCAUUACUUGUUGGAGAAAAGUUUGCCCUUUAUUUGAAGGGAUUGGCUAUGCAACUCAGGUGAUCGAGGCACAUCUAAAUGUGUACUAUAUCAUCAUCUUGGCAUGGGCCAUUUUCUACCUGAGCAACUGCUUCACCACCGAGCUCCCCUGGGCCACCUGUGGGCAUGAGUGGAACACAGAGAAUUGUGUGGAGUUCCAGAAACUGAAUGUGAGCAACCACAGCCAUGUGUCCCUGCAGAACGCCACCUCCCCCGUCAUGGAAUUUUGGGAGCGCCGGGUCCUGGCCAUCUCCGAUGGGAUCGAGCACAUUGGGAACCUCCGCUGGGAGCUGGCCUUGUGUCUCCUGGCAGCCUGGACCAUCUGCUACUUCUGUAUCUGGAAGGGGACCAAAUCCACAGGAAAGGUGGUAUACGUCACAGCGACAUUUCCCUAUGUCAUGCUUCUGAUCCUCCUGAUCCGAGGGGUCACGUUGCCUGGGGCAUCUGAAGGCAUCAAGUUCUACCUGUACCCCGACCUCUCCCGGCUCUCGGACCCACAGGUCUGGGUAGAUGCUGGAACGCAGAUCUUUUUCUCCUAUGCCAUCUGCCUGGGUUGUCUGACUGCUCUGGGAAGUUAUAACAAUUAUAACAACAACUGCUACAGGGACUGCAUCAUGCUCUGUUGCCUGAACAGCGGCACCAGCUUCGUGGCCGGCUUUGCCAUCUUCUCAGUCCUGGGCUUCAUGGCAUACGAGCAGGGGGUGCCCAUUGCCGAGGUGGCAGAGUCAGGCCCUGGCCUGGCCUUCAUCGCCUACCCGAAGGCUGUCACCAUGAUGCCUCUCUCCCCGCUGUGGGCCACCUUGUUCUUCAUGAUGCUCAUCUUCCUGGGCCUGGACAGCCAGUUUGUGUGUGUGGAAAGCCUCGUGACCGCCGUGGUGGACAUGUACCCCAAGGUCUUCCGGAGGGGCUAUCGGCGGGAGCUGCUCAUCCUGGCCCUGUCCAUCAUCUCCUAUUUUCUGGGCCUUGUGAUGUUAACCGAGGGUGGCAUGUACAUCUUCCAGCUCUUUGACUCCUACGCUGCCAGUGGGAUGUGCCUUCUCUUUGUAGCCAUCUUUGAGUGCGUCUGCAUUGGCUGGGUGUAUGGAAGUAACCGCUUUUAUGAUAACAUCGAAGACAUGAUUGGCUACCGGCCAUUGUCACUCAUUAAAUGGUGCUGGAAGGUUGUGACCCCCGGGAUCUGUGCGGGCAUCUUCAUUUUCUUCCUGGUUAAGUACAAGCCUCUCAAGUACAACAACAUCUACACUUACCCCACCUGGGGCUACGGCAUCGGCUGGCUCAUGGCCCUGUCCUCCAUGCUCUGCAUCCCGCUCUGGAUCUCCAUCAAGAUGUGGAAGACAGAGGGGACGCUGCCUGAGAAACUCCGGAAGUUGACGACCCCCAGUGCUGAUCUGAAAAUGCGGGGCAAGCUUGGGGCAGGCCCACGGACGGUGAUGGUUAAUGACUGUGAUGCCAAACUCAAGGGCGAUGGGACCAUAGCAGCCAUCACAGAGAAGGAGACACACUUCUGAGCGUCCACCUGCCACCUCGGAUGCCUCUGCUUCCUUCUCCCCCGUGUGUAUAAACGAAUAUCUGAAACAACGUACUUCACCUAA